AUGUCUGUUCGCUUUCCCGCGGCUUUGCCCGAACCCAACGCCGUCGAUGGCCCAUCAACUCAAGCACCUUCGCCCGAGAUGUCGUUCUCGGGGGGGGCAGGGAUCGGCGAUGGCCCGAAGCCGGAGAAGCGCGAGUCUACAAACCCAGUGGAGCGCGAAGCCAGUGGUCGCGCGGGUGCCCCGGGCCAAGCUGGAGAUUCUGCGCGGGAACAGCCGACCCGCUCGUUCACGAAGGAGAAAUCUCGGGGCCGCGACAAUGACACGUUUCAGGAUUUGAUUGCUCAGGCCACAGCGUAUGCGGUGUUUGCGUCCGCGAAGUGGCUGAGCAAGCGAUCGCGUGCGUGCAAGACGGCAUCUCCGUCCCCGGGCAAGACAGCAUCUGUCUCUCCGGAGGCGUUCUUGCGGGAACUCUUUCCGAACAGACCGCGCGUGGCAGUGGAGCGCCUGUCGCAGCACGAGCGGGAGCUUGUCGUGCGGGGCGCCGUGAAGAAGCUCGGUGCCAAUUCAUUCGCAGCGAUUGGAGGUCUGACGGAGAUAAAAACAGUCAUCCACGAAGAGGUUAUCGAGCCUCUGACGCAGCCCCACGUCUUCCGGACGCCCAAUAUGCGGGCCCCACACGGACUGCUGCUGUACGGACCACCUGGCACGGGCAAGGAGAUGCUCGCGAAGGCCGUGGCCCAGUCAGCCGGCCUUGCCUUCGUGCGACUGAAGGCGUCUUCCCUCCUGGACAAAUACUACGGCGAGACGAACAAGUACCUGCACGCCUACUUCUCGCUGGCCCGGAAGCUAGAGCCCAGCAUGCUGUUCAUCGACGAGGCGGAAGCUGUGCUGGGAGCCCGCCGAGACCAGGAGCACGAGGUCUCCGGGUCUUACAAGGCAGAACUAAUGCAGCUCUGGGACGAGCUUGAGAGCGAGGGCGCAGCGGUGCUCGUCCUGGGUGCUACCAAUCUGCCCGACAGCCUGGAUGACGCGGCGGUGCGCCGAUUCACCGUGCGUCUCGAGGUGCCGCUGCCGGACGCCGCUGAUCGGGCCCAGAUCGUGCGCCUGAGGCUGUUCAUGGACCACGUGUGCCGUAUGCACAGCUUGCUGGAGCAGAGCCAGGAUUUCCUGUCAAACAGAGAAGUCCUCGCGACGCGGGACAAGCUGCAGCGAUACCUCCGCGGAGAUGAAGCCCGCGGAGAUGACAUUCAGAACAUCGAUCGCGACACGGGACAGCUCGACCUGGUGGGCGCAGUGUCGCCUCGGCUGUGGAAGGCUGUGCCUGAGCUUGUCCGAAGCCUGGAAGGCUGGACGGGCUGCGAUCUGAAGGACGCCAUGAAGCGCGCGUUCCUCCUCGCACACCACGAGUCUCGUUGCGCUGAGCGCCCCACGGGCCAGACGCCCCUCCACGGCGUUCUCAAGCGCCAGUGGCCCUGCGUUCAGGUCGAGCACUUCGAGCAAGCCCUCGCAGAGACGCGGCCGGCACGUGAGGGCCUCGGCGAGUUCCUGGACCGGAGGCGCGGUGCAGCAGGGCGGCGCGACGUCGUCAGGUCGAAGGAUUGGGCAGGGCAUCUGCGGCGGCAGUUGAUCAACAUGGCGAUCGUCAUGAUCGGCACCGUGCUGUUCGUCGAGACGGCAGUGAAGUCUGCCAGGUAUCUGGUCGCUUUCUGGUCGCAGGUGUCGUCGGCGUUUGAGCUUUGGCGCUCUGCGUUCAUGGACAAAUCCUCUCCGUGA